CCUGAUAAAUCCAUUGUUGUAUAUACGGCUCUUCCAAAUCCAGCUCGUGGCCAACCUCGCAGUAUGAGCGCUCCGUUUAUCCCGAAACAAGUUCUACCGUUUGACCCACGUUUUCUCCUUAAGUUGAACGUGGGCAUAUCCCGAUCGCUCGCAGACCAAGUCGUUUCGAAAGUCGUCCCGACUUUGCCGCCAAAGAGCCGUAUCCAUGACAAUGCCUGUGGGCCUGGCGACGUGACGAAAGCCCUGCUGGAGGCAGGCAAACUAACCGACGGCACCACCAUCGACGCUACAGACAUCAACUCAGCUUAUCUUGACGAAUUGGAGGAUGCUAUAAAGGAUAACAAGGCGUCGUCUGUGACCGUGGAAGUCAUGGAUUCCAUGGCGUUGACGUAUCCGGACAACACGUUUACUCUGUCGAUCGCAAGCUUAGUACUUCCAUAUGUGAAAGAGGAUGUUGCGGUGGCGAGGGAGCUUCUACGGACACUCGAGCCUGGCGGAACAGGCGUCAUUACAGUGUGGAAGGAUAGCCCAAUGAUCAAUGUCACCAUCGAUGCGCAUCACCAGACUCGGGGAAAGGAAGCCCCGUUGCCUCCGCUCGUGGCGCUUUCUCUUUACUCCGUGGACGAACUUAAGAAAGCGCUUGACGGUGCAGGCUAUGGGAAUGUUUCGUACGUAGACAUGACUGCGUAUGCUGACAUGGAUGACAUCAAGGAAUGGGCGACGAUCGCGUGGAGUUUCUUAGCGCAACCAUCUGGUGGAUGGACAAAAGCUGAUGAAGAUAGCUGGGACACGGCGAUAAGCAUAAUGGUGGAUGGUCUGUCCAGCGCUGGGUCUAAGGACGAGCAGAGCAAGAUAACGAUGGUGCCAAUGACGGGAACCGCUGCCGUUUUCAAAAAAUGA